UCCAUCAUCUGAUUGCCACCGCCGCCGCCCAUCCAGCUCACUCUCUCCUACCUCUCCUAGCUAACUGGCUAGCUACGACUAUAGCUCGGUUAGAGCUAGCUAGCUGGUGAUCACCACGCGCGCCCGCAGCUCGUUUUUAGCCGGCCGGGCCGGACACGGCAUGCGCUGCUCCGUUCAGGAUGGCUCCAGCUUCUGCCUCGCUCCUCGCCGGCGCCAAGCGCUCGGCCGACGCCACCCCUGACGCUGCUGAACUUCCACUAGCGCAGGAGGGCGCGGUGACCAAGAAGAACGGCCAGAGCCAGCAGCAACAGCCGAAGCUGGAGUGCCCGCGGUGCAGCUCCACCGACACCAAGUUCUGCUACUACAACAACUACAGCACCACGCAGCCGCGCCACUACUGCCGCACCUGCCGCCGCUACUGGACGCAAGGCGGCACGCUGCGCAACGUCCCCGUCGGCGGGGCAUGCCGCCGCCGCGGCAGCAGCAAGCGCCGCAAGUGCUCCGCUGAACCCCAGACGACCUCCUCCGACUCGCCGCAACCGGACCUGCAGGAGACGCGCCCUCUCUCCGACCAACCGCUGCCGGUCUUCCCGUUCCUCACCGACGGCGGCCCCGUCUUCCUGCCGCAGUUCGAUCUCGGGCUCGGCGGGUUCCCCUGGACACCGGCGGCCACGGACCACCUCUACGACGGGCUAGCGGCGCCGUGGGGUGGCUGCGACCGGGCGCUCUCCCUCACCGGCGCGUGGGACGACCUCGGCGGCCUCGAGCUCGCCUGGCCACCACCGCCACCGGCCGGGAACUGAUCAGCGUCAUCAUGUCAGUCAGCGUUUCGCCAGCGCACUCGAGGCUCGUGUUUUAUCAUCGCAGCCUCGAUCGAGGCUAAUAGUGCUAGUUUGCAUGGGAAAUUCUACGGCCCCGUUUGGUUCAUAAGUUUUAUGACUUUUUUUAGUCUCAACUUAUAAGUCCAAGUCCCUAAAAAAUCCCUACCUGUUUGAUUUC